AGAACGCCUCAUAUGUUGCACAGGCCCCCGGGGACGUUCGCCGGUUCGAAGCAGAUAAAAAAGAUCGUUAUGACGAAAAAUCGAUUACCGGGCAGUGUUCCUGGGCCGGGCGAGAACGUCAUCUCAAAGUUUAGUUCUGUAAAUAGCUACGGUAGUAAUAGCAGCAUUAUCAACAGCAAUCAGAAUAGGCACAUCAUCACCUCGGCCGACGGCGUCAAGCGGCUCCGGACGGCAACCGGAAUGGAAAUAAUCUCGAAACUGCCGACUAAGAUACCGCAGGACACGGUUGUGUCGGUGGAGGGUAAUGGCGGUGCUGUGCUCGGUUCCCGGCAGAGCACCGGCAUAGUUCCUAUCUCGUCGGUAAGCCAGCAGCAGCAACAGCAGCGGGUGGUAAGUAGCAAUUCGAAUGUUUCUUCCAACAAUGCCACUCUAAGUGGAACGUCGAUGACCCUCGGCGAACUGGAGCGGCACUUCCUCGAGCUCAGAAAGCAGACCGACGAUCUGCGGAAACAGUUCGAGCUGUCGCAGAAACAGAACGAAGAGUAUCGGGCUCGGGUGGACAAACUCGAAAAGGAAGUGCAAACGCUGAAACAGAGCAGUAGUAAUAAUCCCAACAAUUUCAUAGAGAUACUAUAAGGGAACUAAAGUGGGGUGACUUUAGAGAUUAUUUAUUGUUUAGUGCACUCUGCCCGUUUUUUUUACAACAAAACAGUUGGAAAAUUUAUUGGUUAUACAUGUAUUUUUACAUUAAAAAACAAAAUCGAUUAAGAUUAUGCGAUUUCAAUACCUGAACUGCUCUCGACGAAACAGAAAAUAUAUCUUAGACAUUGUAA